AUGCAGGAUAAGGAGAUGGUGAUGGGCGUGACUGGAGGCGACGCGGCGGAUAGCUUAGGAGCAAAGGAAGAGAGCGUCAAUGUCGGCGGCAAUGAGGGCGAUAGCGACACGAGUCUGAGUUCGCAGCAGCGGCACCAGCAGGAAGAGCUGGUCGGCAAUCCCGUGGGUCGACUCAAGAUCUACGUCUACGAUUUACCGCGCGAUUUCAACUACAAUUUCAUCAAGAAGCAACCCCGCUGCCUGACGCACAUGUUCGCGUUAGAAGUGCUGUUCCACCGUUACAUCUUGAACAGCCCCGUACGUACGACGAACCCGGACGAAGCCGACUGGUUCUACAUGCCCGUGUAUCCCACGUGCGAUCUAACGGCCUCGGGAUUGCCGCUGCCGUUCCGGUCGCCGCGCAUGAUCCGCGCGGGGAUCACGCUGGUGUCGGAGAAGUGGCCGUACUGGAACCGAACCGACGGCGCGGAUCACUUCUUCAUCACGCCGCACGAUUUCGGCGCGUGCUUUCACUACGAGGAAGAGAAGGCUAUCACCCGCGGCAUCAUGCCUCUGCUCAAGAGAGCAACCCUGGUGCAGACGUUCGGGCAGUCGCACCACGUGUGCCACAAGCCCGGCAGCAUCGUGGUGCCUCCCUUCGCCCCCACGGGCCACAUGCACCGCCGCCGCAUCCCUCCCGACACGCCGCGCUCCAUCUUUGUGUACUUCCGUGGGCUCUUCUACGACCGCAACAACGACCCCCAGGGGGGCUAUUAUGCCAGUGUGUUUUCAGCAUGCCACUUGCACGGUGCUGACACUCCGCGCUCCAUCUUUGUGUACUUCCGCGGGCUGUUCUACGACCGCAACAAUGACCCGCAGGGGGGGGGGAUAGUGCCAGGUGAGGCUGACUGCACGCCAGAGCACCCUGCAUCCUACUACGAAGACAUGCAGCGCUCGCUCUUCUGUCUCUGCCCGCUCGGCUGGGCGCCCUGGUCGCCGCGCCUUGUCGAGUCCGUCUUCUUCGGCUGCAUCCCUGUCAUCAUAGCCGAUAACAUCGUCUUACCCUUCUCUGAUGUCAUCCCGUGGCGGGAAAUCGCUGUUUUCGUCCCGGAAAAAGACGUGCCGAAGUUGGACGAGAUUCUGGCUGGGAUUGGGCCGAAGAGAGUGCUGGCGAUGCAGCAGCGGCUCGCGUCGCAUGCGAUCAGGCAGGCCGUGGUGCUGGGCCAUCCGCAGCCACAGGAAGGGGAUGUGUUUCACCAGGUGCUAAAUGGUCUUGCAAGGAAGCUUCCUCACCCGCCGUCAACGUAUUUACAGCCCGGUGAUGAGAGGCUGAACUGGACUGCCGGACCGGCAAAUGACUUCAAGCCAUGGAAGCCUGACUCCCACGUUUAUUGGUGA